GGAUUUAUCCAAUUAUAACGUCGCCUCUGAAAUCAAGCGUCUCCUUGUGGGACCGCCCCCUUUCCUUUCUCCUCGGGAGCGCGGCAUUGGAAAGAGAGGCGCCGUGCCCGCGCUUUACGUCUCUGGUUCGUGUACUGACAGCCAGCUGUGCGGAUAGAACGACAACAAUCUGCGGGAUUUUAUCAAUCCAGCCGUCAAACUUGACCCGUAUUGUUUGGGAAGAACACUUUUACUUGACAGAUACUUUUGUUUUUAUCGUUUAAUUUAUCCGACUACACAGCAUUCCUCAAACAUGAAUCCGUCGUGUGGCAGAUGUGGCACAAUCGUGUACCCCACGGAAAAAGUGAAUUGUCUGGACAAGUACUGGCACAAAGGAUGCUUCAGCUGUGAGAUCUGCAAAAUGACUCUAAACAUGAAGAAUUACAAAGGCUUUGAAAAGAGACCAUACUGCAAUGCACACUACCCCAAGACAAACUUUACUUGCGUGGCCGACACUCCCGAGAACCUCCGCCUCAAACAGCAGAGCAAGAUGCAGAGCCAGGUGCAGUACAAGGAGGAGUUUGAGAAGAACAAAGGGAAAGGUUUCAGUGCUGUGGCCGACACGCCAGAGAUGCAGAGAAUCAAGAAAACACAGGACCAUAUCAGCAACAUUAAGUACCAUGAGGAGUUUGAGAAGAACAGGAUGGGAGGAGAAAUCCCAUCUCCCCAGCCCAACAGCCCCAAUCCAGUGUUCCAGCAGCCCCACCAGCCCCCUGCUGCAUCUAAGAACUACAGCUAUGAGUCAGCAGCGGCUCCUGGACCAGUCCGUCAGGUGGCCGCCGCCCCCCCUCCCAGCUCCGGGAAGCGGUACCAGGCGGUGUAUGACUAUGCUGCAGCCGACGAGGACGAGGUGGGCUUCCUGGAGGGAGAUGUGAUCGUGGACGCGCAGGUGAUCGACGAGGGCUGGAUGUACGGCCGUGUCGAGCGCACUGGCCAGCAGGGCAUGCUGCCUGCUAACUAUGUAGAGGCCAUCUGAUCUGGGAGGGAGGGAGAGAAGCAAAUGAAAAGCCCAGUGCCAUCAUCUUAAUGCCGCUUUCUAUUUUUUUCACUCGUUCUCUGAUCUUUCCUGUAAACCCCCCCCCCCCCCCCCGGUGUACCCAUGGUCUGCUCUCCUCCAACGACAGACUCUGUCUGUCUGUGCUGCCGUCUAUCUGAAUGUCUGUUUGUCUGCCUGUCUCUGUCCCAAUUCUCCGGUCCACUAAAAAAAAAAAAGCAGUCAAGUGGAAUUUAAGUCUUACAGAAGAAACAUGCCUCCAUCUUACAGGCUAUAUAUACAUCAGGGGUCAUAGUGUAUCACAACUAUCCUAGCUACAGCACUUCAUUUUCCAGCAAACUAUGAUGCAAAACGAUAUGAACCUCCCCCUUUGUCAAUCAAGUUGCCAUGACAGCAGAGAACUGAGGCCAAUGUGGUCAUGAGAAAAUGAGUUUGGGAUGUGGGUGUGGCAUCUUCAGAAGUAGUUUUUUUCUUUUUCCGUUUUUGAAACUGGUUGAAAUUGGUCUGACUGGAAGCUCAGUGUAGAAUCUUACUAUAUCUGGGCAGUUAGAACUCAGCUUGAAUAUUUGACUUGUGUACAUUCCAUUAACCAUCUACCCCAUUGUUGUCGCAUCAACCAGUUUGUGAGCAGUCUACAGUAUCAGUCUUACCAGAGAGGUCUUAUAUAUUUCUAUAACUACACGUACGCAUUUAUCAAUAGUACUUAUCUGUUACCUCACCUGUCUUACCCUGUCCUGCACUGCAUUGUGGGUAUUGUUCUGAAACUCAACUGGAAUCCUAUCUAAACUGAAGAGCGCCUCCUGCCUUGCCUUGUACCUCAAGUUCAGGCAUUUGAAGUACAGGAGGGAUCAGGGAUGAGUUAGUUAGGGGACGUGGUUACAAUCUUCUUACAAUCAUGUCAUCACCUUAGUCAGUGGGUGUGAAGCUAUUCCUCAUUCUUGCUGUCUCCUGCUCGCAGCCUCAUGCCUUCCGACAGGCUUACAGGAAGAUGAGUGACGUGAUGGUUGGAGAGGGUCUGGGGCGGAGAGAGGGGGUAGGAUCAGGCCAGGUCCUGCCCCUAUUCCAAGAGAACCAACAUCCGAGUUUAUCAAUCGUACGCGCGAAGGCCAAACACAAUUCUGUAUUGUCAAUCUUUUCUCUUUUUUCUUCAAAUUAUUAUUAUUUUUCACUUUGUUUUGUUGUUAAACAUUCCAGUCCUUUGUUAUGAGAAGUGUCGAACGGGGGGGUCAGAAUCCAGGCUGUGGUAAAUGUUAGGAAAUAAAACACUAUCAUGCAGUUUUUUUUCCCCCUUUGCUUUUGUUGGUAUUCUAAGAGGCUUAUUUUAAAAAUGUCAAUGUAUCAAAUACAUUUCGGAAGUAAAACGGCAACUCGAUUAAUGAACCAAUAAGGCACGCUAGUUUUGUCUAGACGUGUGCGUAUGCUGGGUUAGCAAUCCCACCGAUUUAGAUCCAUGGGUUAAAUCAACCAUCAUGGGUUAUGUAUUUGCCUGACAAUUCGUCAACCCAAUUUGCCUGUUUUGUUGUGCCAACUCGUGACUGGACCACCUCGCCCAGUUUUCUUUUCCUUGAAACUCCGAAGAGUGGAGAGCAAUGUUCUGGAGUGCCACUGGCUCAUGAAUAUUCACAUGCUCAUUAAUGAGCAGUCGUCAUGGCGCAUAGUUACAUUAGGCCCCCGCUCGCUCGCCCGCAUUUAUAGAUCUCUGACAUUCUAUAGGCACACAUUUCCAUAGGACAUUCCCUGCCUAUGUGGUGGCACGCCUGUGUUGCACAAGAAAACUGAGAAAUGUUACGCGACAAUGACGUAACUUUCAUAGUCGUAGCUACGAGAUCUGUCUGGAUGUCCUGUCAGGAGCAGAUUCUUCCAGUGCCGACGGAUCGUUGUACAUUCCGUGUCCCGAGGGACCGUGUAAUUCUGGGAGAGGGAUGCGGUGAACUCCUCCUCGACCGCUUACUUCUCCCCUUAUCUUUCCCACCCUACUGUUUCUUCCCCUUCUCUGAUGCGCUGUGACUGUUACAGAUGAGGGGGGGGGGUUGUUAAGUCUUGUUCCGCUUUAUAAAAACAGAGCUGUACUUCCGCCGUGUAGCCUGAUUUGAUGGUGGUGUUGUACAGUUGUUUUGGGUUGUAGGUCAUGGUGCUGGGGAAGGAAGGGGCUUUUACCUGCAGAAUAAAGCUGUAGUGUGGGAUGAUUUUGAUCUAAUGAGGUGAAGGGGCAGUAUAAAGGGUAACUGUACCCUUUUCAGUACCAGUGUGGUGGGACGUGUUGGACAGUAAGUAGGUGUUGACCGUUCAUAUCAUUUUGGCUUCAACUUUGUAAUGUGAUGAGUUAUAACAAUGAUGCUUAAAUUAAUUAGAAUGAACACAACGCACACCUCAACCCGACUGGAUAAUCAGAUUGCCAUGCUGAUAAAAAAAAAAAGGUAAGUCUAGGCUGGCAUUUAGCAUCUAUGAUCUCUACUUGACAACUGGACAUUUUUAAACUCGUACACUGUAUGAAGGGCCGUUUUGGGGCAGAGCCAUUUGAAGUCUCACUUGCUUUGCUGAAGUAACUGAAGAAAGGGUGAGGAGGAAGAGGUGGUUUGGCUUGAUGUGAAUGGGGUGUUGGGAAUUUGGUUGGCCUCUUGUACAGUAUCAGCAGUCAAUGCCUCGCAAAAUAAAAUUGCCUUGGCUACUUGGAGGCUUUGGUGUGUUUUAUAGAUGGGGAAUAAACCAAGCCUACGUUGGCUGCCACAGCUGUUUUUCCUUUGCAGUGAUGUGGAUUUGUUUUAGUUGCUUGGGGGGUUUCGGAGCGAGGCGAAUGAUGGUGGAAGUUGGAGGGAAACCAAUCCAAAGUGGCUAAAGACAAGCCAAUUGUGUUUUUGUGCGACUUGAGUGAUGAUAGACCACAGCGGCAAGGCGUAGACAUUAUUAUUGCACCAUGUUAUUGUCUGUAUUGAGCUGGAUGGGGCUAGGAAAGGGAUGCUACUAGGAAAGCAUACUACUACCCCCAACCUGCGGGGUGUAAGGAAAGACUAGGAAUCUGCCAGGAGACCAAUAUUCUCUUCUGCUUUGGUAUCACUCCUACAACUCUGCAGUAUCUUAUCUCAUCACCUUGUUCUCCUCCCCCAAUGUAUGUGGUCAUAUCAGUCCUAUGGCCAAGAGUCCUUCAACCUUCUACCCCAAUUAAAGACUCCUAUGUCCUAUGCUUCUGAUGAAUCAACCAUUCCUUGCUUUUGUAUGAUACUGGUAUAGGAAUUGCAGAUAUAAAUCACAUCAACCAACCACAAACACUGACCUAGCAUUCAGACCGAUGUUGUGCAUUCCAUCCAAAAAUUAUUUUGUUUUGAUAGCAUUUUUGUUAUUCUGAUUUUUUUUUAAACAUGCAUAUAUUGCCAUUCUUAAAAGAAAAUCAGACUCCAGUUGAAUUUUAAGGAACUGAUAAAAGCAUCUCAUGUUGCCCUGUUUCAGCACUUCGAAUUGUACUUAAAAUAUUCUACAGAUUAAAUAAAAUGUCAUUUUUA